UUUCUCUGGAGUCCCAGGAGGCAGAUUAUGGGCAGGACUGCCUGUGGCCGGCACCAUGAAGCCUGAGUCUGCUUGCGCUCCGCCCCGGGCCCUGCUCUGCCUGAGCUCUGGGCUUGUCGUGGCUGCCCUGCCUGCAGCCCGCUGCUGCUAGGAGUGUAACCUCGGGACUGGUCCUGGGCCAGUCUUGGCCUUUCUCCUGGCUCACCGCACUGCUCACUCCUGCUCCGUCACAGUGCCCUGUCCCCGGCCUCCCUGGCUGGGGCAUUGGGGGUCUGCUGGGAAGACUGCAGUGCUGAAGGCUUCCUCCCACCUCUCCUCGAAUCAAGGCCUCCGGAUCCACAUGGAUAGCUGAGAUCUUUUCUUGGAGAAAGACACUUUCCUCUCACUGGCUUCCCCACCUGAUUUUCUUCCUUCUCUGCUGCCCUGUCUCUUUCCUCUGCCUCCUUGUUGGAUUUCUUGCUCGUGCGCCCAUCUGGGCUGUCUUGCUGACAUUCCUCCUUCCUCACCAUCUUGGUAUUUGUGUGCGUGUCUCCCUCCUCUUGUGUGCUCUCUGUCCCCCAUCUCUGUCCUGUCUCCCUCUCUCCCUCCCCUGAGGGCCGCAGCAGCCACGAUGAGCUUCACUCUGCACUCGGUUUUCUUCACCCUGAAGGUGAGCAUCCUGCUGGGGUCCCUGCUGGGGCUCUGCCUGGGUCUUGAGUUCAUGGGCCUCCCCAACCAGUGGGCCCGCUACCUCCGCUGGGACGCCAGCACGCGCAGCGACCUCAGCUUCCAGUUCAAGACCAAUGUGUCCACGGGGCUGCUCCUCUACCUGGACGAUGGUGGUGUCUGUGACUUCCUCUGCCUCUCCCUGGUGGACGGCCGCGUUCAGCUCCGCUUCAGCAUGGACUGCGCUGAGACUGCCGUGUUGUCCAACAAGCAGGUGAACGACAGCAGCUGGCACUUCCUCAUGGUGAGCCGGGACCGCCUGCGCACUGUGCUGAUGCUCGAUGGUGAGGGCCAGUCUGGGGAGCUUCAGGCCCAGCGGCCCUACAUGGAUGUGGUCAGUGACUUGUUCCUUGGUGGAGUCCCCGCAGACAUACGACCUUCCACUCUGACCCUUGAUGGAGUACAGGCCACGCCCGGCUUCAAGGGAUUAAUCCUGGAUCUCAAGUAUGGCAACUCGGAGCCUCGGCUUCUGGGGAGCCAGGGUGUUCAGCUGGAUGCCGAGGGACCCUGUGGGGAGCGUCCCUGUGAAAACGGUGGGAUCUGCUUCCUUCUGGAUGGCCACCCCACCUGUGACUGUUCCACCACUGGCUACGGUGGCAAGCUCUGCUCAGAAGGUAAGAUCCAGAAUAUGUCAGAGAUAGUUGCUAUGGAAGAAUUGGCUGCCCAGAAAGAUGGUUUCCAGGUCCUGGGGCAGCUGCUCAUCAGCUGGGCCCUCUUUCUCCAUCACUGGGCAGAAGAGGUGGG